CAUAAACCUCGAUUUUGCCAUUCCUUUCAAAAAAACCCCUCAUUUUUCUCUCUAGGGUUUAUCAGAAUCCAAGUUUUUUUUUUUUUUUUUUUUAUUUUUAAAAAAAAAGCAAUGGCAUCAUCAUCAACUAGGGUUUUCGGUAACUAUUGCAGAACUCUAAUGGCUGCUGCUAAGACAUCCACCGCCACAGCUCCACCCAACCCCACCACCACUGCCACGUCGACAACCGGAAAAGGUCGUUAUAAAGGGAUAUUGAAGCCAGUACCAAUAUCACCUACGUCGACUUUCUAUUUCUUUAAGGGUGAUGAUGGAAAAUGUUUUCCAAGAAAAUAUUUUCUGUUUGUGGAUUACAUCAAAACUAAUAAUCUUCAGAACCCUGCAAACAAGAAGGAGAUAAAUUGUGAUGACAAGUUGAAGACUAUAUUUGCUGGCAAGGACAAGGUUGGGUUUCUAGAGAUUGCAAAGCUUCUAUCCAGUCAUUUUCAGAAGGCUUCUUAAAGUUUGUCAUUUUGCAGUUCCUGUAAACAUUAACAUUAGGGGCUUUUCUUGUUAGUGAACUUUGUACUGUAGUAGCUUCUCCUUUUGUUUCCCUUCACUCUGGUUGUGAGUUAUGGUGCAUAGUUCUGAAACUGAAAGCUUGCAGUGUUUUAUGGCUGCUUUGGUCCACCAUCCCCAGCCACAUUUCCUUUUUCAUGUUAUUCACUUUUUGAAGUUGAAGCAAGAUGCAAUUAUGCAAUUGUCCCUUUUCCUAUUGUAUUUUGGAUUGAGACGGGCUUAAAUGAAGUGACAUGAACAGUUCAUGUUGCUGACUCUAA